CGAGCACCCUGAACAUGAACUACGCGGUGCUCCAAUGGCUGUUCACCCUGUUUCCUCCGUACGCCUUCUCGUCGGGCGUGAUCAAGCUGCUGCUGCUGGACGCGGACAACCACCUGUGCCAGGAGUACUCGAGCGCCACGGACGGCGUGCAGUAUCUGCUGCGGGUCGCCUGCGAGGGAACGCUCGCCGAACGCGCCAAUCUCGAGCUGGCGGCCAUCGACAUCUGCUGCCAGAACCGUGACGCGAACAACGGGCCUCCGUACACGCUGAGCCCUUUGGACACGCACGAUCUGUGCGUCGGCGUCAACCUGCUCGUGCUGCUGAUCGAGGGGAUCGCCAUGUUUGUGGCGGUCGCCUUCCUCGACUCCGGCACCCUGUUCACCUUCCGGAACAUCUUUGCAGAGAGGACCGUACACACGUACAACGAGGUCCUCGACUCGGACCUGGAGAACGAGGCCCGCGAGGCGCCUCGAGUGGCGACCAUCCCGGGUCUCGAAAAUCGCCCGCUGGUGGUGUGCGACAUCUGGCGCUUCCUGGUGCUGACCCGGGCGCCGCAGCUCAAGGCCAUCAACCUGUGCCUGACCGAGGGCGAGUGCUUCGGCCUGCUGGGCAUGCACCGGUCCGGCAAGACGCUGCUCCUCGAGGUGCUCAGCGCACUCGCCGUGCGCACGUCGGGCAACGCCUACAGCCAGAAGCACAUGCUGUCCGCGUCGCCCAGGAAGUGGCAGUCCCAGAUCGGCUACUGCCCGGAGUCGGGCGGCCUGUUGCUCAGUCUGGCUGUGGGCGACCAACUGUCGCUGUUCGCGCGGCUGCGCGGCGUUCCAUCGGCGCACCAGGAGAGCUGCAUCAACAGCCUGCUCGCGGCCUGCAACCUGAACGACAAGAAACUCAACUGUCCCAGGGACUUGGGCAUGUCAGACAAGCGCAAGCUCUCGCUCGCCAUCGCUCUGAUCGGGCCGCCCAACCUGGUCUUCCUGGACGAGCCGCUCAAGGGUGUCGACACCGGCACGCACCAGAGGCUCUUCGACAUGCUCAGGCACGUGCGCAGCAGGUCCAAGGCCACCACCGUCAUCUACGCAUCGGUCAGCAUGCAGCAGCUGGAGUGCUCGUGCGACCGACUGGCCAUCAUGGUGGACGGCCAGCUGCAGUGCAUCGGCACCAUCGAGCACCUGCGCGACAAAUUCGGCAAGGGCAUGGUCAUGAAGAUCCAGCUGGCCGCCUCCGAGAAGGAUCGCAACAUCGAGGUGCAGCCCGUCAUGACAGCCCUCUUCCCCGACAGCCGCAUGAUAUACUACCACCAGGGGCUGCUGAGCUUCGAGAUCUGCGAGAAGCGUCCCUGGAGCGAAGUUUUCUCGGGCGUGGACCUGCUCACUAAGGGCUUCCGCUGCGAGUAUGUGCUCGUCUCGGAGGCCACGCUCGAGGAAGUGUACAUGUCCUUCGCCAAGUAGCGACGAUGGCGCCCUCCAACCGAACAAAAGCCACCGCCACGUGGCUCUCGCCUAAUUCGAGCGUCCCCAUUAACCAUUAUUCGUGUAUAGUUUUUUUUUUUCAUCUUCCGUACCAUUCACCUAUUGCCCAUUUGCAACAUUCAACUUUAUUUGUUUAACUUAUUCACUUAUCCUUCAUCAUAUGUCGUAUCGGGAAACAUUUCAUUCAUCGCUCUCUGCGUGGCGAUUCCUUGAUUCAUUUCGUUUUACAAUGUUUUCCUGAACCCGUCGCGCGCGUCACAGUGCAAGUACGGAUGUGUUGCCGCACACGUCAGCAUAGUUGAGGACCGUGAAGAGGGUUCUAAUCUCUUUGGAACUGUGCUUUAUAUAUUUCUUUUACGAGUUUUGACAAAAGGGCUAUGUCGUUCUUGGAUGCUCGAACGGGCCUCAACUGCGAUAAAUUUGAUCGGAAAGGAAACUACACACAGAACAUACAGAACUUCGUGCGCAUCGAGCGAGUGCGCGGACGCUAUGUGCGCCUGCGCAACGGGGACAAGUGACGCAAGAGACUGCUGAGAACUCAAGUGACACGCGAGGACAACAUGUACGCUCGUGUGCGUGGGUCUCCCGCAGAGGCGUCUGCAGCGAGUUUAACCUCCGUUUAACGCGCGCACGAAAUAAACGAGAUGUGAAGAAUCGCUGCUUCCACUCUUUUUCCGCGCGUUUCCACACCGCACGGGCGGAAGCGUGAAUU